AUGUGUGAUUACAAUACAAAGAUUGUAAAUUUAAAACAAAGAUCUACAACUUUAAUCAAAACUGAAGACAACAGAAUUAUUACCGAAAUAAAAACCGAGAGAGAUGUUUUUGACGAUUAUGAAUUUCAAGGAACAGUUUCCAAUGAAAGCCACUCUUCAAUAAUUAACCGUAUGGAUUUGGGCGAAAGAUCUAACUCAAGGGAAAAGCUUUUGACCAGGCAUGUGAAUAAGUCUUUUGAAUGUGAUAUUUGUAAAAAAAAAUUUACCCAAAAAGCAUCUAUAAAAAAUCAUUUUAAGAUAACUCAUAGAGGAGGAAGACAAUUAAAACGUGAUAUUUGUAAAUUAGAAUUUUCUCAAUCAUCCACAUUAAAAGUUCAUACUAGGACACAUAUUAGAAAAAAUCAAUUUAAAUGUGAUAUUUGUGAUUACAAGUCUUCUCGAUCAACAAAUUUAAAAAUGCAUAAAAUGGUUCACACUGGUGAAAAGCGAUUUCAUUGUGAUACCUGCGGUAAAGGGUACAUUAAUAAAAAUAAUUUUAAAGAUCAUAAAAUGUUACAUACUGGAGAAAGGCCAUUUAUUUGUGAUAUCUGCGAUGGGAAAAACUUGGUUAUAUUUUAUUUGAUGCAUUCGUUAUUUGUACCUUCAUCAAGAAAAAUUACCAGAGAUGACAAUGGAAAAAAAUCUGUCAUAAAAUAUUCCAUAAAAGAUUCUCAAAAUACAUUUAUUAUAGAAGCAUCUACUCCCCUUGAACUAGAAGUCAUCAUAGAGAAACUGAAAAAACAAGAAAAUAAUAUACAGCCAUACAGUCAACAAGGAGUUAAUUCUGUAUUGAACGUAACAGGAAUUGUUAUUAGGGACAAAAAAGAAUAA